AUGAUCUCCACCUCGAUAUGGGCAGCUCCAGAAGAAUUCCCUGCGCGCGAUACUGCCGGUGCUUUCAAAUACAAUCUGCCUCAGACCUGGAUUCUUGGUACGAUCGAUACUCUUGCGGCUCGUACUCGCAGUGUCCGGAUGAUCAGAAGGCAUUUUAUAGCGUUAAUGAACUCCAGGUUGUUUGCGCCUGGAACAUCUUCAAUGCUCGCGACAGAGCUUGGAAGCGUCUGGUCAAAUACAUACAUCAGCAUGCUCAGCUCAACCAUUAGAGCUCUGUCAAAACAGUUAACAUCUCCAAUAGAGAGCAUUGGCGACGCUUUCGAGCGAAUGAUGGAUCUAGCCAAUGCUUCGAGUAUGGUCAGCGGGAACACUUGCACCGAAGAAUACUGA